AUGUCUGACCACGAAAGCUUUGAAAGCGCACACCAUGCUGCAGCACCUAUGAAGGCAGACGAAUUUGCCUUGAAUGACCAUCGUGCAGUUGAGGAACAUAAUGCUCAUACAGCUAUCAACGAAAAUGUCAUUGUGGAGGAUACCACAGACAUUCGUGGACCUCAUUCACCACUUGCAACUUCACCCGCAGCAAAAGCGGCAGCACAGGCUAACCCACCACCAAUCCAACAACAACAACAACAACAAACAUCAUCGUCAUCUGCACAUUCACCAUCAUUACCAUCAUCUACAACAGUAGUUCAAGGUGAAAUUGGAAGAAGAAGACUGACUAGAAGACGCUCUUCUGCAAAUGAGAAGCCAUCUUUCAUGACUACAUUGAGAAGAGAUUUCUACCUCAAAGAUGACGACGAUGUAAUGCCAAUCAUAAACAACCCACAUAACGGAAGAUCAAGGCGCAGGUCGACUCUUGAAAACUUGCAACCAAUAAUCAAAAAGAAAACUAUGAGAAGCAACUCAAACAAUUUGGAAACUGAUUUGCUCAGUCCCAUGACCAAGACAAAAACUGUUGAUAGUUUUAACAACAACAACAAUAAUAAUAAUAACAAUAGCAACGUCAACAACGUUAACAACAACAAUAACAACAAUGCUAGGGAUAAGGACGAGGACAAUAGAGGUCGCAGAGGAUCGAAGUCUUCUAUUGACUCUGACGAUUCCCACGCUUCGAGGUCUUCUCAAGAGACUGAAGAAGAUGUCUGUUUUCCCAUGAUGCGCGAGCACAUUAGAAUCAACGGAAUCGAUUUUGAUGAAAUUGAUGAGUUUAUCAGAGAAGAAAGGGAUGAAGCCGCAAUGCAACAAGAGUUUAUUUCUCGCAAUAAGCUGACAAUUGAAGAGCUUGAGCCACACGAAAAAAAUAGGUCAACUUCCUUGAGCAGACAAAAGACCCAAAGCCAAGCAGCAAUGAAGUAUACACCAAGAAAUAUCUUGAAAAGUUUUUCAAAAUUUGAAGAAGUACAAGAUACUGAAACAACAACUUCUUCAUCAGACGAAGUCAAGUUUAAAAAAGAAGCGAAUAUUAUUGAUGAAGACGACUCGUCUUCAGAGCAAGUGAAGUUUGGCGGUGCAAGAAUUUCUGAUGGCACUAGCACCCAAGGAAGUCUCCCCGAUAGAUUUUCAUUCUUUCAUUCAGAAUCGGAAGAGACCGUUCACGCACCAGAUAUCCCAUCUUUGGUCACCAAUGGCCAAUCGAUUCGCGAGUUGUUUCGCGAUGGACAAGAGACAUGGUGGUUGGAUUGCACUUGCCCUACCGAUGCAGAGAUGAAAAUGUUGGCUAAAGCUUUUGGGAUCCAUCCUUUGACAGCAGAGGAUAUUAGGAUGCAGGAAACGCGUGAGAAAGUUGAGCUUUUCAAGAGCUACUACUUUGUUUGUUUCCACACUUUUGAACCAGAUAAAGAAUCAGAGGAUUAUUUGGAACCCAUCAACGUGUAUAUUGUCGUGUUUCGCGAUGGUAUUCUUACAUUCCAUUUCUCGCCAAUCUCCCAUCCGGCAAAUGUGAGAAGAAGAGUUCGUCAAUUAAGGGAUUACGUUGACGUUACCGCUGACUGGCUUUGUUAUGCUAUGAUUGAUGACAUUACCGAUGGAUUUGCACCCGUCAUUCAUGGUAUCGAGUACGAGGCAGACGCAAUUGAAGAUGCAGUCUUUGUCGCAAGAGACACAGAUUUCUCAAAUAUGUUGCAAAGGAUUGGCGAAUCAAGACGCAAAGUGAUGACUUUGAUGCGACUUCUUUCCGGCAAAGCAGACGUUAUCAAAAUGUUUGCCAAGAGAUGUCAAGACGAGCUUGCCCUGGGAUACCAAAAACAACUUAGGCAACAGCAACAGCAGCAACAUCAAUAUCAGCAACAAUAUCAACCCCAGUAUCCAUACGUUGCUCCACAACCAACUACUACCUCCACAACCACCAAUGCUGGCGCAGAUGCAACGUUUGGACCAGGACCCACUCCAGUUGGAAUUGGUGCAAGUUUCACUUCGUCUACAUCUCCCACGCCAGGAGCUCAACAACCGCAUCAACCGCAACAAGCUUAUACUGGAGCAGCCGUACCACCACCACCACCACUACCAUUCAUUCAGCCAUCUCCAUUUCAAACCAACUGGACACAAAACAAUUCUGACAAUGCACGUCCCCGUGCAGAUAUUGCUUUAUAUCUCGGUGAUAUUCAAGAUCAUAUAAUUACAAUGUUUCAAAACUUGCUUGCUUACGAAAAAAUCUUUAGUCGUUCUCACUCCAACUACUUGGCCCAAUUGCAGGUUGAAAGCUUUAACUCAAACAAUAAGAUUUCAGAAAUGUUUUCCAAGGUGACUAUUAUCGGUACCAUGCUUGUGCCACUUAACUUGGUUACAGGUAUGUUUGGUAUGAAUGUGAGAGUUCCUGGUGAACAAGGCAGUAUCGCAUGGUUUUUUGGAAUUUUGGGUGUUCUUAUUGUAGUGAUCAUAGUGAGUAUUUUUUUGGCCAAUUGGUGGUUGAAAAGAAUGAAUAGAAAGCUAAAUAGCGAACCCCGACCUGUUUUUAAUUCACGUCGGAGCAUCAGAAGUUUGGGAUUGAAGAGACAUAGUGCAAAGUCAAUUAUCAGCUUCCCCAAUAAAUAUGAUUGA